GGGGUCACGUGACACAUCUGUCAGGGGACAGCAUGGCGGACAUGCAUGUGGAGCCUCAAAACAAAUUGCAUCGACUGUCCAGCUAACCCCGCCGCGAUAAACAUCGAUACUGCGCGUAACGCCGGGCCGGCGGUGCCCGAACAGACAGCAGAAUGGACGAGGAGAACAAACUUCAGUUCCCGUCUCUGCCCGCGACCAAGGAGGACCUUCUGGACUGGGCUUAUCCAAUGAGACGAGAAAUGCAGGAGAUAUUACCAGGACUAUUUUUAGGUCCCUACUCUGCUGCAAUGAAAAGCAAGCUGCCAAUUCUUGAGAGACAGGGCAUAACACAUAUUGUGUGUGUCCGACAAGACAUUGAAGCCAAUUUUAUCAAACCUAAUUUCCCUCAUACAUUUAGAUACCUUGUAUUAGAUAUUGCUGACAAUCCAGUGGAAAAUAUAAUACGAUUUUUCCCUACGACUAAGGAAUUUAUUGAUAGCUGCUUAGCAACAGGAGGAAAGGUACUGGUUCAUGGUAAUGCAGGGAUAUCAAGAAGUGCUGCCUUAGUGAUUGCAUACCUUAUGGAAACAUUUGGAAUGAAAUACAGGGAUGCAUUCAGCCAUGUCCAGGAGAGGAGGUUCUGCAUCAACCCCAAUGUGGGCUUUGUGCAUCAGCUACAAGAAUAUGAAGCGAUCUACCUAGCCAAAUUGACCAUUAAAAUGAUGUCACCGAUGCAGUUGGGCAGGUCCUUCUUACAAGCUGGGAUGCCAGGAAGCCGUAAGCGCAGCCUGGAGGAAGACGAAGACUUUGGAGCAAUGCAGGUCACAGCAGCACAGAACGGAUGAGCUUUGCUUAUAUUUAGCCUUGUGGCGCAGUGCACUCAAUUUUGUUUUUUACAUUUUUAAUGGGAUUAAAAAUGUAAAUAUUUGAACUUUUUCUAAAGGGAAGGGACGGGGGUGGGAUGGGGAUCACUCAUGUCUGAGACAUGGAGUACUGACGGGGAACGGGCAAAUUUGAUAACUACUUUUUUUUUUUUUCUUGAACUGGAUGCACUGAUGGGAGAUUUUUUGCAGUUUUAUAGUAUUUAACGCAUUUUGCAUUUGCAGCGGGACAGUAUUGCAAUAAUGCACUUUCGAUACUUGAAUUUGUGUAGACGACCAGAGGGGGGCAGUCGGCAAAAGGGAAAGUAGCCAGGAUGUCGCCCAGUGGAGGACACAAGAAGAGGAAUAGCUAAUGCCUUUAUUUUGGGAGUAAUAGGAUUGAGGACUAAUAUCAGGCUUAAUGUGGGAUAGUAAAGAAUGGAAAAAUAACUCACUGCUUAAUAAACAGAAGUCUGACUGA